AAAAAAAAUAAAAUAUAUUUCUAUUUCAGUUUUAAUAAAUUAAAAAAAGGAAAUAUGUUGACAGCAUUGAAGCAACUAUCUAAAACCCAAGCAGCAAAGAGAUAUUUACACACGACCGCGAAGCAAAAUGGCUACAUAGUAUUAGUACCCGAAAUUGGAGAGGAUGGUCAAGCGGGAGACGUGACUGUUAAGCCAGAUGGUUUACCAGCCUUUAAUGAAAUUACAAUAGAGAAUUGUUUGGGUGCAAUUGGAAGUCAAGCAGGUGCUGUUGAAAAAUUGGUGAAGAGAAUCGAAAGCGAUAUUCAUGAAAUGAAAGAAAAUGAAAAAUUGGAAUUGGGUCAAGUGUUUAGAGAACUAGACGAGGCAACUGGACCUUUGGAUACUACGUGGGGUAUAGCAAAAGCUUUGUAUUUGGGCAAUAGCAACCUGAUACCUACAAAAUCAUAUAUGAAUAUCCACGAAAGAGCCAGAAAUGCUAGAGCCUCGCGUUUUUGCAAUAAAGUUGUCUAUGAGGUAUUGAAGGAACAAAAUCCUGAUGAGUUACAAGAUGGAGAAGAAAAGAGACUUUUACAAAAGUACUUAUUGGAAGGCAAUUUGAACGGUUUAUCUUUGAACAACGAAAGUCGAAAUGGUCUUAAGGAAGUGCUUAUACAAUUAGGCAAAGAAAGAGCUAAUUUUAAAAAUAAAGUGAAUGUUGCUGUUCAUAGUUUUGCACACGUUGUUCAUGACUACCAAUUGGUACGUGAUUUCCCUGCAACUUUGUUGGAAGCUACGGCCAUCGACCAACAUAGGCCAAUGACACAAGGGCCAUGGAAAUUUACACUACAACCACCAAUAGUUGAAGGUUUUCUAAAGUAUUGUCCAGAUCGCACACAUCGUUGGAAUAUUUGGCAAGCAAAUGUACGCAAAUGUUCCAAUUAUAUGGACAAAAGUUUAGAGAAUAGUACCCAUUUGGAAAAGAUACGCAGUUUACGCAAACGCCAAGCGAACGCUUUGGGUUACCCCAAUUUUGCCACCAUGUCAAUGCAAACGAAAAUGGUUAAAGAUGUAUCAGAACUGAAGCAAACAUUUACUAAACUUUUGCAAUUUGCUGGACCCGCUCAGUCAGUGGAAAUCGAAGGGUUGCAACAGUUCGCGACUAAUAGUGGCUUCGAACAUAAACUGGACUUGUUUGAUGUCACCUAUUGGCAGAGAAAAUAUUUGUUGGCCGAACACAAGCUCGACGAAGAAGCUUUAAGAGUAUAUUUCCCAUUGCCUAGGGUAUUCUCUGGGCUAUUUUCACUGUCGGAAAAAUUGUUCAACAUAAAAAUCGUAGAGAGAAAAGAGGCACAAGUAUGGCAGCCAGCGGUUAAAUACUUUGAUGUCUUUGAUUGUGAUUCCAAUGGCGGUAGUCAUCCUGUUGGAGGAUUUUAUGUCGAUUGUUAUUCGAAGGAGAACAAAUUUGGAAAAAAUAAUGGCUGGAUGGUUAGUAUACGCAAUCGCAAUGAAGCCGCAAAGUCAUCACCAUUGUGCGCAUUAAUCUUUAACUUCAGUGCACCCAACAAUGACAAGCCAUAUCUUUUGAAUAUAGACGAUUUGAAAAUGGUAUUCAAGACAUUUGGUUCUGCCAUGCAACAUCUGUUGACAAAAGCACGCUUUACUGAUUUGGCAGGACUUUCCAAUAUAGAAUGGGAUGCUUCACAAGUAUCGGGCUAUGUCAUGUCCAACUUUUUAGACAAUCCCACUAUUUUGAAAUCGGUAUCAGGUCAUAUUGAUACCGAUGAACCCUUAUCUGACGAUUUGGCGAAGAAUAUAGGUCUACUCAAGACCCAUUUGGGUGGAUACAAUCUAUGCCACGAACUGUAUCUUUCUGAUUUGGACAUUGAGUUACAUCAAUCGGACAACUUUUGGCUGGAAAUUGUACGUAAAAUGUGGCCAGUAUAUCGAUGCAUGCCGUUAGAAAAGAAGGAUUCUCAUCCAUGUUCAUUGACGGACAUCUUCUCCGGAGAUUGGGGAGCAGCACAUUUUUCACAUCUGUAUUCGAAAAUAAUUGCCGCAGAUGUUUCAGCCGCUUUUCAACAAAAUCCCCAAGAUUAUUCCGAAAUAGGAAAACGUUUUAAAGAUACUUUCCUCUCAUCGGGUGGCACAGAACCCACUGCUGAAGUUUUUCGUCGUUUCCGUGGUCGUGAUCCCUCAGUUGAAGCACUACUUCGAUCAUUGGAUAUAUUCCGUGAAUCACAAACAUCCGGCGAAUUGUAACGACAUUUCUAUUUUUGUUUUAAAUACGCAACUUUUUAAUAAAUACAUAUUUUGUUGUAGAUAAAUCUAAA